CCGGGGGCGGGCGGGCCCCGCCGCGAUCCCGGUUCGAGCCCCAGCCCGGCCCGGCCCGGCCCGGCCCGGCCCCGCCGCGAUGAACGAGGCGGUGUCGCGGCAAACGCGGGAGACCCUGGGCCAGGUGAUCCGCAAGCCGCCGCUCACCGACGCGCUGCUGAGCAAGCCGCCCUUCCGCUACCUGCACGACCUGAUCUGCGAGGUGAUCAGAGUGACAGGUUUUCUGAAAGGACUUUACACGGAUUUCGAGUUGAAGUCAGAUAAUGUCAAGGAUAAGGAUUCCAAAAUCAACUUCCUUCAGAAGGCCAUCGAUGCUGUUGUGAUGGUGACAGGAGAGCCACUGUCAGUGAAACCAGCACGAGUUGUGGCUGGACACGAGCCUGAGAAAACCAAUGAAUUCCUUCAGGCAAUUGGGAGGUGUUGCUUAAAUAAGUUGUCCAGUGAUGCUGCUGUAAAAAGGGUCUUGGCUGGGGAAAAAGCUGAUGCUAAAGGGAAACCUCCACCCUCUAAACCUCGAGACAAAGAAAGCAGAGAGCCCAAAGCAGAAGAACAAAAAAGCCAUAAGGAUAAAGAGAGCAGAAGAGACACUGAAAUUAAAGACAGGAGCUCCAGCAGAGACAGAAAACCCAAAGGAGAUUUGAAGGAGAGCAGAGAAGGAGAAAAGGAGAGGGAUAAACAGAAGAAUAAUGAAGAGAGACACAAAGAAACUGAAAGAGACACCUCAAAGGAAGGAGAAAAACAAGAGAGGGAAAGAGGCAAAAGCAGAACGACCAAGCAAGGAAGGGAAACAGAAAAAAACAAAGGAAAAGGAGACCCAGAGCGAGGAGACGACCUCAGGAAUGAUAAAGGACAGGAAAGAGAGAAAAGACAUGAAGGAGGAAGAGAAAAGGACAGGCUGAAAGGAAGAGACAAAGAUAAGGCCAGAGACAGAGAAGGAGAGAAAGACAGAGAGAGAAGAAGAGAUCGGGACAGAGAAGAAAAUGGGGAACAUCUCAGGGAACAUGGAAAGGAGAAAGCAGAGAAAAAGCCCUCAGAUUCUGAAGAAUCCAUGCAUAGAAAACCACAGAGGCCAACUAAAGACAGCAAGUGCCAGCCAGACACUGAGAAUGAAACUCCUGCAAGGAUAUCAAAGCAGCCUCCAGCAAAAGCAUCGAGGCAUCGCUCCAAGCCCGGAGGAGAAGGAGCUGUGGACACGAAGAGUGUGGCAGAUGGGAUUUCAGAGGAUGGUGCUGCUGAGCUGCAGGAGAAAAAUGAACCAGGUCUUGCAGAAAAACAAAAGGAAAGAGAAGCAGAGAACGCUCCUGACAAGCCUGAAAAUGGGGAAGCACCUCCUGAUGUCCCACCUCAGCCUGCCCAAAGGCGGAUUCCCCGUCCCGGCAGCGCAAGGCCGGCACCUCCACGAGUGAAACGUCAGGAGAGCACCGAGCUCUUAAUCCCAGAAAGGAGCGGCAGCGCUAAAACGGCCCCGACCGUGCUCAGGGAGCAGCAGGUUUCUGAUGAGGAGGACGAGCAGUUCGUGGUGGAGGCAGCAGAGCCCCUGCCAGAGAUGCCAAAGGAGCCAGAAGUGGAGCUGGUUGAGGAUCAAAAGCAUGGUGGGCUGGUGAAAAGAAUCCUAGAAACAAAGAAGGAUUAUGAGGCAUCACAGAAAUCAUCACAGACCACAGAGAGGGAGAAGCCAAUUGUCUCAGAAGCAUCCAGGAAGAGGGAGAGAGACUUGGUAGCCAAAGAAAUCGAGAAGUUCCAGGGGUCCAUUCAGACUGUGUGCCAGCAUGUUUUCAGGCUGGGCAGGACGGUGGAUUACAUCCAGGAGGACAUGGAUGCCAUGAGGAACGAGCUGCUGAUGUGGCGCCAGGAGAACAGGGAGCACGCAGAGGCUUUGCGGAGGGAGCAGAGCAUCACAGACAGCACUCUGGAACCACUAAAAGCUGAGCUGGCUGAACUGGAGCAGCUGAUUAAAGACCAGCAAGACAAGAUCUGUGCUGUAAAAGCAAAUACUUUAAGGAAUGACGAAAAAAUCCAGAGGAUGAUUCUUAGCAUAAAUGUGUCUUCAAGAAGGUGAAGAAGAUGGAAAAGAAAUUAAAGAGCCUUAGGACUCACUGACUGACAUUGUUACCAAAAAACCAAAACCCAAAUAGCAGACAUGCCUUGUUCAGAUAUAGAAUGUUUAGGGACCAGAACCCUAAAAAUGUUACAAAAAACUCUGUUAUUGCAUUGAUUUUUAGAUGUUGAUAUUAUGCAGGAUAAAAUGAUAUUCAUUUGAAUGCUAAAGUUGCAGAGCUGUUAAAAGAACUUGUUUGUUUGUUUGUUUAAGGAUAAAAUGAUAUCCACUUGAAUGCUCAAGUUGCAGAGCUAUUAGAAGAACUUGUUUGUUUAA